UCAUAAUAUCACCAUCCUUCUCACUCAGUCUCUCUCUGUGAUAUGAAUGCUGAUUUAGCCCCGUAGUUGUUGCUCAUCCUUCCGCUUAACCCUCCUCCACAAGAAAAACAUUCUUCAUUCUUCAUUUUAAAAACAAGUGGAUAAGACCCUCUUUGAAUUCAUCCAUUCCAAGUUUUAAGCAAAAACACUUCUUCAUAAGCCUAACCCUUUUACCACACACCAAACUCAUCUCAACCUAAUCAAAACAUACUCAUAUUAUUUUUAUUUAUGUCUUUUCUCUCUAACGCGGUUUCUUCAUAGCCAUUUCCUCUCUCUCAAAACACUUUUGUUUUCUUUUCUUCAUGGACUAUUGCAUAAGAGAGUUAGAAGGAAAACAAGCUAAUGAUCCUUUAUUCAUCAAAACAAUGAAAAACAACAAAUCAUCAUCAACGGAAGGUCGUGUCUUUGUUCAAGGACCGGUGAUCGUAGGAGCAGGACCUUCUGGUUUAGCAGCAGCUGCAUGUCUACAACAAAAAAACAUUCCAUGUGUAAUACUAGAAAGAUCUAAUUGUGUGGCUUCAUUAUGGCAACUCAAAACCUACGAUCGAUUGCGUCUUCAUCUUCCAAAACAAUUCUGUGAAUUACCCUUUAUGGAAUUCCCCUCAAAUUUCCCAACAUACCCUUCAAAACAACAGUUCAUAAAGUACUUGGAAGAUUAUGCAGGGAGUUUUGGUAUUAGGCCACGGUUUAAUGAGACAGUGCAAAAUGCUGAAUUUGAUGGUAAAAUUGGUUGUUGGAGGUUGAAGAGUUUUAAUAGUAAAGCUGAUGUAACAACAGAAUAUGUUUGUCGUUGGUUGAUCGUAGCGACCGGUGAGAAUGCCGAAGCUGUUGUGCCUAAUAUUGAAGGCGUAGAUGAAUUUGGAGGAGUUAUAAGGCAUACAAGUUUGUAUAAAAGUGGUGAAGAGUUUAGAGGGAAGAAAGUUUUGGUUGUUGGUUGUGGUAAUUCUGGUAUGGAAGUUUGUUUAGAUCUUUGUAACCAUGAUGCUACUCCUUCUCUUGUUGUUCGAGAUUCAGUACACGUCCUACCACGAGAGAUGCUAGGAAAAUCAACUUUUGGGUUGUCCAUGUGGUUACUCAAGUGGUUUCCAUUGGGACUUGUCGAUAGGUUCUUGCUCAUAGUGUCAUGGCUUAUGCUUGGUGACACUGCUCAACUUGGGUUGGAUCGUCCUCGUUUGGGUCCCCUUCAACUCAAAAACCUCUCCGGAAAGACUCCUGUCUUAGAUGUGGGUACCCUUGCCAAAAUUAAAGGUGGACACAUUAAGGUACGGCCAAGCAUAAAACGGUUAAAACGUCAAACAGUGGAAUUCGUAGAUGGAAGGUCAGAGAAUUUUGAUGGCAUCAUCUUGGCAACCGGUUACAAAAGCAAUGUUCCCUAUUGGCUCAAGGAAGAGGAUAUGUUCUCUAAGGAAGAUGGAUUUCCUAUGAAGCCAUUUCCAAGUGGGUGGAAAGGUAAAAAUGGACUCUAUGCCGUAGGUUUUACAAAAAGGGGACUGCAAGGUGCCUCUUUGGAUGCCAAGAGAAUAGCUGAUGACAUUGAACUGUGUUUAGAAUCUGAAGCAAAGUAUGGAUCAUAAAUAAUUAUAUAAAGAGCAAUUUUUAAUUGCUCCCUCAAUUUUGCCACAUAAAAUUGAUAAUUUUGGCCAGGUGAUAGACACAAAAGAAAAGGGAUUGAUCAUUGAAAACAAAUGAUCAUUAUCAUUGAUAUUUGAUCUUGGCUGAGUAACAGACAUUCAUUCAUUCAUUUAUUUAUUUAUUUAUUGAGGAAUAUAUUGAAUUGAGGUAGGUUUGGUAUAUAAAUGAAUGGAAAAUGAGAUAUUUUUGGAGGUGCUAAA